UCGAUGCCUAUAGAUAAGUUGGAAAGUUUUUACUUUAGAUGGUGUUCAGUGCAUGUUCAGCCUAGAAUAAUGUUCAGUGAUUAAUAUUCUGUCAGGGAUCAUAGACGAGUUUCAUCAAACAAUUUUAUUAUAUUAGUGGUAAACAAUCAAAAAAUGGCUUGGAGAAAAUUAGCAGAAGGGGAUUGUGGUGAUGACAAUGCCCUUAUGAAAUUUGCUGGACAUUUUACAAAAGAUCAUACAUUUUCUGAAGCCCACAGCUCUGUUGUUAUCAAUCAUAACCAAACUGAUAAUCUUGUACAAGAAUUUCUACAAGAAACUCGGGCAUUACCUCAGUCUUACAGAAUGAGCGAUUUAAUGAAGGAAAUGCAAGAAAUUGAAUCUCAGCGGUUAACUGUACCCCCCAUACCUGCAUCAAAAGUAAAAGACCAAUUAAGUGAUAAUAUAUGGGCAGAUGAAUAUUCACAAGUGACAGAUGAUAGACCACAUAAUACGUUGGAAUUGGAUCACGGUCUAAUUUGGGCUGAAAUUUCGAAAAGAGAGCAAAACGAUAUAUCUAGUUCAGAUAAUGCCUAUAGUAUUUCCGAAACGGAAGUAAUAAAUAAAGAUGUAUACAAUGCUGAUGCAUUUAAACAUAUAUUUAAUAAAGAUGAAGGGGAUCAAGAUUAUGCACAGUUUAUGGAUUUUCUGAAGAAAGUUAAUUUAGAGCAAGGAAGCCAUUCUACAAUUUUAAACAAAGACGAUGUAAAGGAUGAAUCCGAUACAUGGACAAGUGAAUAUAUUAACGAUAAAGCUAGCACACUAAAUAAAACGUGGAAUGUAGAGAAAGGACUCAAUGCCGAAAAAGGGGAUGAUUACUACAAUACAUUUUGGGAUAAAUUGCAAAACGAAUGGAAGAAACUAGCUGAAGAAGUUGGAGAUAAUCAUCCGUGGUUGGACGAUAUAGAUGAACUAACUGACCCCUACAAGGAGUAUGAAUUUGCUGAAGAUAAUCCAAUGUUGAAGGAAUCUAAUCCUUUUGAAACUGGGAAGAAAAUGCUCGCUAUUGGAGAUUUUCCAAGUGCAGUGCUUUGUUUUGAAGCAGCUGUUCAAAAAAAUCCUGACAAUGCCGACGCGUGGUUAUAUCUUGGCACUACACAAGCUGAAAAUGAGCAGGAUUCUUAUGCAAUAAGUGCAUUGAAACGUUGUAUACAACUUCAACCAGACAAUCUGAUGGCUCACAUGUCCCUUUCUGUUAGUUAUGCUAAUGAAAACUACCACAACCAAGCUUGUCGAGAACUGAUUGCAUGGUUACAAAAUAAUCCUAAUUAUUCGGAUUUAGUACCUUCUGAUUUACAAAUUUCUGGGCAAGUUACAAGUUUACUCGAUCCCAUGCACCAUCGCUAUGUGCAACAGUUGUUUAUAAAAGCUGCACAACGGCAACCUGUAAAUCCAGAUUACGAAGUUCAAUGCGGUCUAGGAAUACUUUUCAACCUUUCAGGAGAAUACAGUAAAGCUGUUGACUGCUUUCGUGUUGCUUUGAGCACACGACCUGAUGAUGCUAGACUUUGGAAUCGAUUAGGUGCUACCUUAGCCAACGGCAAUCGCCCGGAAGAAGCAGUGGAAGCAUACCAUCGCGCGUUAACUAUAUCUCCUGGAUUUAUCAGAGCAAGAUACAAUGUGGGAAUUACAUGUAUCAAUCUUAAAGCAUAUCAGGAAGCGGCUGAACAUCUUUUAAUAGCGUUAAAUCAACAAUCCAGAGGAAGAAAUCACAAUGGAGAGAUUUCUUCACAUAAUUCACAAAUGUCUGAUACUAUUUGGUCUACAUUAAGAUUAUGUAUUUCGCUAAUGAAUCGACUAGAUUUGAGGCCGGUUGUGGAUAGCAGAGACUUAAAAACGCUAAAUCAAAAUUUCAACAUUGAAAACAAUUAAGUGAACUGCUUUUACGAAUAAAUAAAAUAUAUCGAAAUAAUAGUUUAAAACCAAUGCUUUGUUUAUUGAAUGAGUUAUUUAUUCGAUAAGACUAUAUUUAGUAAAUUAAUUAUUGUUUAUUUUUUACAAUAUCUAUUGUUACACAUGGUCAUAUACUCUGUUAUACUUCCUCCCUAAUUGUUAUCAGAGUUAUCGUAUUUUAUCUAAUAUUGAUCACUCAUACAUUGGUUUUAAUAAAUAUAAGUUCAUCCCACUUCCAAUGUCGGUUUACUUUUAAUUCUAAGAAGAUUAUUUUAUUGUUUUUCUCAGUUUUUAAUGUUAUGAUAAUGAAUGAAUUCAGAAAGAAUGCUAUCAUUAGGUUUGUUUGUAAACGAUUGUUAAUAGAACUCAUGGCUUAUUAUUUUUUCA